GUUGUUUCUAAAGUGGACAGUGAAGAGAAAGAAGGAGGAGGAUCUUUUUUCCCCCCACUGGCUGUUUACACAUGCAGUACUCAGGAAAGUUAAAGGAGCCCAGUUUCAAUGUAGGGGAUGAAGGGCACAGAGUAGGAGGGAAGCUGAUGGUCCUCUCUCAUUAUCAGCACGGUUUUCCUGCACUGAGGAGGACUUCAUGCGGAGGGGGAGGCGCCCAAGCGAGGCGAGCGGCACGACUGCUGCCUGAAUUUAACAAUUAACCUUGAUGAACACGGAUUGCUUUCACUUAACAGGCGCAGGUGCGUGUGAUUUGCAAAACGGCGCAGCUGAGCGAUUCCACGUUUGUGACUGAACACUGACGCAUUUUAUGCUAAACACAGAAACUACAGGCUGCCACGGAUAGAUAAUAGCAAGCUGAUUUUUUUUUUUCUCUCUCCACGGGACAGGAUGCAGGUUGCAAUAGGAACCCAACCGACACACGUUCUUUAGCAGAAUCCGAAUUCAGGGGCGCCACUGAACUGAUUUGGAGACAUAUCGGAAUUUGACCGCCUUGUCAUUGCCCAGUCACCAGUCCCGGGCAGCUGAACGGCAUCAUCUCAGCAUCGGAGACAAGAAGAGGGGGGAAAACUGUCCGCUUUACUACUCUCCAUCUGCGCACUGGACGGCUUGAAAUGAGGGUCACAUCCCGGUUGUGUUCAGUGUGAAGAGGCAAGCGAGGUGGCAGUUUCUUCGGCUCAAGGACGCAAAAAGUGGCCGCCGGCCGAGGUGCGAAGCAUGGAGCAGCACGACACUGACACCGCGACCCCCUCAAAAAAGACAAUAAUUGCGAAGAUAUUUAAAGUUCGCAAGAGGAGGGAGAUGUUAUUCGUGCAGGUCUGCUUUAUCUGCAGUGUCCUGUUCGUAGCGUGGAGCAUGUCGGCACUACUGACCAAGACAGGCCAUGGGAUGAUUGUGGAGGGACAUCCCGACCAUGAAAUCUGGGGGAGACGGCUAAUGGCUUCAGUACCAGAAAAUGAAACUGAGGAGAAGAACUGUUCAGCGCCAGCAAUACACGAGUUCCCCGACGACUUUUUCACCAACAAUGAACGGAAGAGUGGAGCCAUUAUGCUGCACAUUGUGGCGGCUCUUUACAUGUUUCUGGCACUUGCUAUAACAUGUGAUGAAUACUUUGUGACAUCACUGGAGAAGAUCUGUGAGAAACUAGAUCUAAGUGAAGAUGUCGCAGGAGCCACCUUCAUGGCAGCUGGCAGUUCUGCACCAGAGCUUUUUGCAUCUGUCAUCGGUGUCUUCAUCACCCACGGUGAUGUGGGGGUGGGGACCAUCGUUGGCUCAGCAGUCUUCAACAUCCUAUGCAUCAUUGGUGUCUGCGGGAUCUUUGCUGGACAGGUGGUGAUGCUGACCCGGUGGGCUGUUUUCAGGGAUUCCUUCUAUUACAUCCUGUCUGUUGUGGCUCUGAUUGCAUUCAUCUAUGAUGAGAAGAUAGUUUGGUGGGAGAGUUUGGUGCUGGUGCUCAUGUAUGCAGGAUACAUCCUCGUCAUGAAAUUCAACUCCAGCAUGCAGAAGUUUUUCAUGGGAAAGUCAAACAAAAAAAAUGUGGCAAAUGGCAACGCGGCAGCCAGCAGUGAGAUGGAGGACGGUAAUACUAGUUAUGGCUAUGUUUGGGAUGACGACCCGUCAUCGCCUUUACUUCCAGUCAAGCCUAGCAAAGCUUACAGCCGUGGCUCUGUGGUGAUGGUGGAUGAGAUCAUGAAUGCAAGCCCUUCAAAGUUCAGGUUCCCAGAGGCUGGCCUCCGUGUCAUGGUGACCAGCCAUUUUGGACCCAAGACCCGCCUGCGCAUGGCCAGUCGCCUCAUCAUUACAGAGCGCCAGAAGUUGAUGCAAGCUGCCAAUGGUGUGGAGACGCAAGUGAUCGACGGGAAGGUUGAAAUCGAGAAUGGAAACGUGCCAGAAGACAAACCCAGCGAGGUGGAGGAAAAUGACACCAUCUCACCUUUUCAUAUUCCAAGGGGUAUAGGCAGUAAGUUCAAGUGGCUGAUCUCGUGGCCUCUCCUCCUGCUGCUGUUCUUUACGGUCCCAAACUGUGCCAAGCCUCGCUGGGAGAAAUACUUCAUGCUCUCUUUCAUCCUGUCUACUGUCUGGAUUGCAGUCUUCUCCUACUUUAUGGUCUGGAUGGUGACCAUAAUCGGCUACACUUUGGGAAUUCCUGAUGUUAUCAUGGGCAUUACUUUCUUGGCGGCAGGAACCAGCGUCCCAGACUGCAUAGCUAGUCUCAUCGUGGCUCGGCAAGGUUUGGGAGACAUGGCAGUGUCCAAUACCAUUGGCAGUAAUGUCUUUGAUAUUCUAGUGGGACUUGGGGUUCCCUGGGCGAUGCAGACCAUGUGUGUUAGCUAUGGAUCAGUGGUGAUGAUUAACAGUCGGGGGCUGCUUUACUCGGUGGUGCUUCUCCUGGGCUCUGUGGCCCUCACGGUGCUGGGGAUACACUUGAACAAGUGGCGGCUGGAUUUGAAGCUGGGCGUGUACGUCCUCAUCCUGUAUGCCGUUUUCCUCUGCUUCUCUAUCAUGAUAGAAUACAACGUCUUCACUUUUGUCAACCUUCCCAUGUGUAUGGAGGAGUAGAGCACAGCAGCAUGCCUCGAAUACCAAAACCUCAAGGCUCCCAUAGCAACCCUCAAUUUUCUUUUCUACAAUAACACGGACCUAUCACAGACUGUUCUCCUCCUCCUUUGCACUCUCUUCUUUGUAAACCUUUUGUCCCAAAUAUGAAUCUAAUUUACUUACGAGGCAGUAAGCUGUAAGAAUGGACGCCAUUCUACGUCUCGAAUUUGUCUCCUUGUCACACAGUGCCGGUCCUUAAUGCCCGUUAUUUGGGGCAUUGCCUGUUACUGCAGUAAAGUAUUUAGUUCCUCUGUGCGCCUGCUAUCUUUCUACCCAUCUAGCAUGCCUUUAGAUGUUGGGGACCUCCAGAAAUCAUAAGUGCCCCUGUUAAUUGUUGGUGUGUUUUCAAUGUUCACGUUGUAGAGAUUCACACACCAUUUCCAAAGCCUUUCCACAAACCAAAAGAGUCUGUCAAGGAAAAAAGGAAAAAAAAUUAACAAACCACAAACCUUGAUCCCAAUCUAAACCCUCACAGAGAGAGGGAGAGUUUUCCUUGAAGUCAUUCCUAAAGAUUUACCAAUUACCCAAGAACCCAAAGACUCACUUGCUCUUCAGCUUUCUGGAGGAGGGUCUUGUCCUUGGCAGCUCCCCUCCUCCAGCUUGGACCUGACUCUCCUGGCAUGGCCUUUGGCAUGAGGGAGCAGUUACUGUUAGUGCUUCACUUCACUCACUCGCCAUGUGCAACUCCCCAACCCUCUUCUGCUUGAUCAAAUCUUUGUUUUCUUAAAAAAAAAAUAAAAGACCUUUUUGUCUGGACACUUUGUGUCAAGUUGUAUCGCAGUCCAGAUCCGAUGACUGUGAGAGGUGUUAUGCAUAUGCAGCACUGCACAAUGUAAAUUUGUAAACACUUUUUUUGUAUUUUUUUCAAAACAAGGUUUUGUCUAGUAUGAAAUACGCAAGAGAGCUUGUUGCAAAUAUUGGACAUUGCCUGUUUUUCACUGAAACAAAUUGCACAUGGAAAUGCUUUUUGUUGCUUUCUGCUGUAAGGAGAUUUGACCACUCAGAGGUACUGGCUGGCAGUGGCGACUCCACUCCAGCUUUAUUUUCGUUUAGCGACGUGUCAUUCAACUUUUCCCUCCGCACAAGUUCAGAAAGAAAAACAGACGACUGGCUCCACAUCUGUGUGACGCAUCCGAUCUUUCUCAUCAGGUGGCGUUCUCAUUUUGAGACUGCAUCCGCAUGAUGAUAUUUGUUCCAAAAAAAACAAAAAAUGCAAAGAAACCAGAUGGUUCUCAACACUGUCUGCUAUAUCACCUUCUGGCCAGUAGGGACUACUGCAGCUCCUCUACCCAGGGCAGAGGGGGGCAACCACAGGUGUCAGUUAUCAGGGAAACACAGAGGUGGAGAUGGUGAUGGUCUCUUGAUUUUGAGUUACAUGUAGAUACUGCACUUUAACAGCCGUCCUCUCAUUCUGAAUCAACUAGUGCUUCCUUAUGUGCGUGUGUAUUUUCAGUGUAUAAGUGUCCGUGUGACUGUGUGCGUGUGUGCCAGAGAACAUUGAGUGCAUGUGUGCGGGCCCACGCUACGUUUCUCACACCGGACUCUAAAACAGACCGGGACCUCGUUAACAACAUGAGCACACCUGUCUGCAGUGCAUGCUGGGACAUCUAAAGCAGCUCCUCCACAGCACAGCGAAAGGCUGGGGGGCCUCUGGGCGUCUCAACGGACGCCGCCCUGCCCACUUUUACAAAAAACGGCAGCUACGAGCCACACUGCAAUCCAGACAUUUUGACAUCAUGCAAAAAUGCCUGUGAGGAGUCCGCAAGUGAGGCGCAGAGACUUAAAAACUGUUCGUGGAGAGUGUUAAGUGUUGAAAAUAUCCCUCUGCCCCAUUGUUGGCAGCAGGCACUUGUAUAUGCAAUCUCAAUGUAAAGAAUUUUUGUGACAGAAGGACCCCCUCCCCCCUGCAAGAAUGCCAUAUAAGGAUGGAGGGGGGAACCUUGAAGAUGUGAUGUCAGUUUGUCUACUAGUACUUGAUGUGUGAGCUCACAAGUGUGUUUGUGACAGCUGAGGAACUCAAAGGAUGGAAGUGUCUGGAGCAGUGGCUUUGUGGGUAGUCUGGUGUCUCUUCUUACACACAAUCCUUUGUCGUCUUUCUCCACUCGCAUUAACUCUCUGGCAACCCUGGCUCGAGGAGGUCAGGGGCAGCAGCGAACACAGGAUGGUGGCAUGAAUGGCUUUUCUCAGUGGGUUUUUUUUUCUUUUUCUUUUCAAAAUUCCAGAGUGAGAGCAGGCUUUAAAGGAUUUUUUUUUUUUUUUUUUUUUUUUUUCCUCUCUUAAAAAAGUCAAACCCACCUCAAAAGCUGCUAGUCUGUCAGGGUUCAAUGACUGUGGAUCAGCUGGAGGUGGUGACCACACAGGGAGUUCGCCAAUCACCUACCUUACAACAAUCCUCUGACCCUCCCAACAUUUUUAGUGGCAACUCUGUACAUAUAUACAUAGCCGCUGUUUUCUUUUUUAAUUUAGAUUUUUUUUAUGCUUUCUUUGAAGAAGGCAUGUUUGUACUGUACUUGAGUUGAUUCAGAAUGUGCAGUAUUUAACUUUUUUUUUUUUUUCUCUGUGUAUAGUUGCUGUGGUCUUUGCCCACUUAAGUGGUAAGGACACACCAGGGUUAAACACUGCUCAUCUGUUUGUUGGACACAGCGUCCAUUCUCCUUAGUUUCUGAUCUUUUUUUCUUUUUUCUUUCUUUUUUUUUUUUUUUUUUUUUUAAAUGGAAGAAGGGGGGAGGGGCGAAAGUAGACUUCAGAGGCCAUAUUUGUUGUAGCUCUGCAAAAAUCCAGAUUGUAUGGAAAUCCUGUGUAGGGGAAAAAUAAGUGCACAAACUUUCAGGCACACACUUAACAGACUGAGACGACUGGUGUGUAUUUGACUGAAUGCGACCUGAUGCACUGUGAGCUCAAUGUGACGUGGGAGUUGUUUGUCAAGAGUAAUAAUGAUUAAAAAUAUAUUUAAUGUAAAGUUAGUUACUACAAAACGUUACUGAGGACAUCUGUAUAACUUAUAUGAAUGUAUUGUCUUGCUAUACUGGACAUAUCCAAUCAAUGCAUUUUACUGUAAAGCAAUAAUGUGAGGAAAAAAAAUAAAAUGGCAAAAUAAUUCCUGUA